CUCUAACCUGACUUCCUUAUCCUGUGCUGAAACCUGGCAUUUCGCUCCUUACAACCACAGUCGGUUUCAGCUAAUAGCUAGGUUGCUAACCUAUGUAUGAAGAUGGCGACUAGUUCAGAGCGUAGUCCUCCUCCCUUUCCAGAGUCCGAGGAUCAAGAACUUGAGACUGAAGAAGUUGGUGCCCAAGACAGUGAUGACGGAGAAGACAUUUUUCUUGACUCGAGCAACCCAUUGGAUGCUGAAAAUGAUCCUGCAGCAGCAGAAAGUGACAUUUUUAAACAACCCAGCAGUUCUAUAAAAGACCCAACUAUUGACUUGUUCAGUGAUGCCAAAACCGAGCAUGUCAGCCAAAUUGAGAAUGUUCUCAUCAAUACACCAGCCAAUGACAGUGAUCUCCCAGAUGCUGGGGGACUAUUGAAAGUUGAAACUGAAGAACCAAGUGACAGUGCGGAAUCAGAAAGUGACAUUGUUGAUGUGAUCGAAAAACCUGACGAAAAGACAGAUGUUAUUGAGGUACCAAAAGACAAAAUUGAAGCACCAAGUGAUAUUACGGAUUCAUUAAAUGACAUUGUUGACUUGUCUGAAGAUGUGAUCGAAAAACCUGACGAAAAGACAGAUGUUAUUGAGGUACCAAAAGACAAAAUUGAAGCACCAAGUGACAUUAUAGAAUCAGAAAGUGACAUUGUUAACUUGUCUGAAGAUGUGAUCAAAAAACCUGAUGAAAAGACGGGCGUUGUCGAGGUAACAAAAGCUGAAAUUGAAGAACCAAGUGACAUUGCAGAAGUAGAAAGUGACAUUGUUGAUUUGUCUGAAGAUGUGAUUGAAAAACUUGACGAAAAGACAGGUGUUGAGGUAAAAAAAGAUGAAAUUAAAGAACCAAGUGACAUUGCAGAAGCAGAAAGUGAUGUUGCUAAAUUGUCUGAGAACAUUGAAGGUUUAGUAAAACCACAAAGAGGUAACAGUGAACCAGCAAUUGACACUGAUGACAGACCACAAAAUGACAUUGACAAGGCAGUCACUGAGGCAUUGAGUGGACCAAUUUUGAGCAUCUUCAGUGAUUCAUCAAUUCAAAAAGAGACAGCUCCUCAAAAUGACCCACCAGCUGACAACAUUCAGGCUACUUCUGUCAGUGAGAUCACAGAAGGGAGUAUGAACACAGAUAGUGAGGCCCCAAGAGAUCUCUUUGAGGAUGACCUCUUUGCUGAACUGUCACUAAAAAACUCUGGCAAGAAACACCCAACUUCCAAUACAACAAGUGAUUUAUUUGACGAUGAAGCAAGCAAUCUGUUCACUGAACCAUUACAGAAGAACCUAAUCAAGCCACAGAAAACAAGUUUAUUUAAUGACCCUGAUGAGGAACUUUUCAAUCAACCAGUAGGUGGAACCUCAAGGAAAUCAGCAAAUGUUACAAUAAGUGAGGAACCCAGAAAAAAACUUGAGACUAAAGCUGGUAAUAUCAGUGGGCCUCUGAGUGAUGGCUUUACCGAGGACGCCACUGAUAUCUUCGCAGAGGAAGGCCUGUCCUCGGUCUCUGCUAGUGCUGUCAACAGCAGUAGUGCCAAUUCUAAGACCAAUGGAGUCCAUUCUGAUGAGGAAACAGAUAUAUUUGCAGAAGCCACAGUGGAGCUGUCUUUGGACAGCCCUCGAGGUGAGAGGAAACAGAAGGAGAUGGUGGCUCCUACUGUGUCUUCACCCUCCCUCUUUGCCACAGCUAGUGUGCCCAAACCACAGGCCACUGCCCAGCAGGAGUUGGAGGAGGAGGAAAGUGAAGACAAAUUUGAGAUUAAUAUCUCUAUAACAAACCCAGAGAAAGUGGGAGAUGGCAUGAAUGCAUACAUGGGCUACAAAGUAUCCACUCAGACCACCCUUCCCAUGUUCCGCAGCAAGACGUUCACAGUGCGCAGGCGCUUCAGUGACUUCCUGGGCCUGUAUGAGAAGCUCUCUGAGAAGCAUGGCCACAACGGCUUCAUCGUGCCCCCGCCCCCUGAGAAGAGCAUCCUGGGCAUGACGAAGGUGAAGGUGGGGAAAGAGGAUCCUUCAUCCGCUGAGUUUGUGGAGAGGAGAAGAGCGGCUCUGGAGAGGUACCUGCAGCGGGUCGUCUGCCACCCAUCUCUGCUACAGGACCCUGAUGUCAGAGAGUUCUUGGAGAGGGAGGAGUUGCCCAGAGCUGUGAGCACCCAAGCUCUGAGCGGUGCUGGAUUCCUUAAGAUGAUCUCUAAAGCCACUGACGCUGUCAGUAAGAUGACCAUCAAGAUGAACGAAUCGGAUGUUUGGUUUGAGGAGAAGCUGCAGGAGGUGGAGACUGAGGACCAGCAACUGAGGAAGCUUCAUGUCAUGGUGGAGUCUCUGGUUAACCACAGGAAAGAGCUGUCUGUGAACACGGCUGGAUUUGCUAAGAGCGUGGCCAUGCUGGGCAGCUCUGAGGACAACACGGCCCUGUCCCGCGCCCUCUCUCAGCUGGCUGAGGUGGAGGACAAGAUGGAGCAGCUCCACCAGGAUCAGGCCUCCAACGACUCGUUUGGCUUCGCCGAGAUGCUAGCCGACUACAUCCGUCUGCUAGGCUCUGUCAGGGCAUCUUUUGAUCAGCGAAUGAAAGUGUGGCAACGCUGGCAGGAUGCUCAAAACAUGCUGCAGAAGAAGCGUGAGACUGAAGCCAAACUCCUGUGGGCCAACAAGCCCGACAAGCUGCAGCAGGCCAAGGAAGAGAUCUCAGAGUGGGAAGCCAAGGUGACGCAGUAUGAGAGAGACUUUGACAGAGUGUCUGCUACUGUCCGCAAGGAAGUCCUCCGCUUUGAGAAAGAGAAGGCCAGAGAUUUCAAAAGACUGAUUGUCAAAUAUCUGGAGUCUCUUCUUACGUCUCAGCAACAGUUGAUAAAGUACUGGGAGGCGUUCCUGCCAGAGGCGAAAGCGAUUGCAUGAUUUGGCCUUUUUCCAGACUUUUAGAAGGAAGUUUAAAAUGACACAGGAGGUUGCCUUUUUCAUACACUUGACCUCUCUUCUAUAAACCAAGGAUAGAACCUGAGGAUGUUCUGGAAAGGGAAAACAAUAUUACAAUCAAGUUUUUAAUCACCCUAAAAAUAUAUAUAACUCUUCACUAACUGUUGUAUUAAUAAUUGUAUAUUUUUCAUUUAACUUGACACAUAUAUUUUCUUAUUGGAUAAACAAAUAUUAAGCUCUUGUGCAAUGGGUGUGGAUACGUCUGGUUGCAAGUGUUUAUAUGUGUCUUUAUAAAUGUAGUGAAUGAUUACACAAGUCCGUUUUCUCCGGGUUUAGGGCGUUGCUCGAUCCAGAGAUCUUACACAUCUGCCGUGCAUAUUGUUUACAUCUAGGUUAUCUCCACACACAGAUGUACAGUGUGUGGAGGUUUCAAGUGGGACCUAAUCUAAAUAUCAAGCUCUUUAUGGAGCACUGAUUUUGAAAGUACUUCUUAAACGAUCUGAAGGUUCAACCCCAUGAACACAGUGCUACACUAGACACUUCUGAGUUGAUAUGUUGGGUGUGAAAUGGUUGCCAUGCAUCAAGCAUUGGGUCAUGUUCCAAGUCUUUCCAGUGGAUGGGUGGAGAGAAGACUGUUACUCUGGAGUCAUUAGAUGUCUGAACCUUUCAUACAUUUAGUAGGUGCUGAUGCCUGAAGCCAUUCGGCAUCAUUUGAGAGACAUAACAAACAUAGACAUGCCAUUCCAUGUUGAGUUCAAUUCAGACUGCUUUUGAUAUUAAUAUCACUGUUCAGUGUUAACGCAAGUUUCACAUAAUAAACAGCCCCACAGAUAACACAGCCACCAUCUAGAACAGUUUGACUGCAGUUGUGGAACAACUUACUAAACAAUAUAGUUGUCAACACAACUCCAUGGUUGUUCAAAAUACCUCACCUCCAACACACACCCACUUCACUGCAUUCAAAACACAAUAGGUGGAAAGCAGGAAAGUCCUGUGUGGAUGUUCUAGUUUGUAGCCUCUUUUUCUCUAAUCUGUCUUGCUUUUUAAAGGAUUCUUCCUUUGCAUCGCCAUGCGGCCCAACCCUUUACUUGUUUUUGGAAUCUUCUAUCUGUAACAGACAUAGUUAGCCCUGGUUUACCAAGUGAUGCUUUUUCUUUUUAAUGAUGUAGGCCUACUUGACUAUGUCAGCGGUUGUUGAUUAGCCAGACUUUUUCAAAAAAGGAUGGCCAACUCAAAAUGUAAUGACAAAUUAUUUGAUCCUCAUUUGAUCAAACAACCAUCUAUAAUGGCUCAGAGCCAAGGAUUACAACUAUUAUUCUCAGAUUUCACAAAGAAUGCAAACUUGUAGAAAAUAUGGAUAUAGAGUUCUACCAUACUGUACAUGUACAGGUUGUUGACUUAGUAUAAAUAUAUUUCUUACAGUUGUACCUUACGGAUGGGUUCAAAUCAUGUCCCUUAUUGAGAGCCAACCAGUCACUAGGUGAACUGAACUGACUCUAAAAUCACAGUUGAUAUGAAACCCACUGUAGUCUGUGACCUCCAGAUAUUUAAUCAGAGGCUCACCGACGACUGAAAUUGUAUUGAACGUUACAGUUUGUAAAAUCACAAUGUUUUCAUAAAUUGAGAAAAUGGGAGAUUAGACACAACAACAAAAUAGCAGCUCUGUAUCUAAGGUCAGAUCUUUUUUUUUUUUUACUUUUCACAAUGACACUGCCAAUAUUGCUUAAAAUAAAAUAUAAUUUGUAGUUCAAA